ACAUUGAUGAGUGUAAUGAAAUAUGCAAGGAAAGUAAUGCCAAGUGCAUAAACACAGAUGGAUCUUACGAAUGUCAAUGUAUCACUGGAUAUAUUCUUGCAGCUGAUGGACACACUUGCAUCAUAGGUAAAUUAAAGUAAUUACUAUUGUAGAAUAUUAUUGUUAUUACUUUUCACCCUGGGUAUAUCGUCCAGCGACCAGUAAAUGAAUUGGCAUAAAUAACUGGUAAAAAUGCAAUACGAGAUUUGAGAAAUAGUUUUGAAUUUCAGAAGCAAAACGACCAUGUACGAUUGACUAUAUCUGCCUGGUCUAUAAUGUAUAUUAGAAUUGUAAAAUAAGAUUACUAAUUACAAUCAAAGAUGAAAAUAUUAAAGCAUAAUUAUUCACCACUUAUGAAUUAUGAUCGCGUAAAAUCCUGUAUUUUGAGCAGAAAAGUUUUGUGCAAAAAUAAUUCGGGACUCGCAUCCGUUUUUAUUCUGAUGAGUGCCAGUUGCCGUGAUGACUGUUAACUCAGUCUGUUGCUGUGAUAAAAAACAUAUCAUGGAAAUCGCGACAUCAUAGUCCGCGCUUCCAUUCUCUAUCUUGUGGAUCGUCUAUACCGGCAUGGACACAGACAUCAAGUUAACAUUACUUUUUAGCUUAAUGCGUACCCCCUUAAUACGAUUCCCUUUUAUCAAAACUGCCAUCAAAACGAUCAUUCUUGGAUGAUCUACUCCAGUUACUGUAGUACUGUACAUCCUGGCAGAAGAUCUUCCUUAUAUAGCUAUAAAGUCAUUGUAAUUUUACACAAUUAAACUAAUAUACACAAAUCGAACGAAUAAAUAACUCUCCUCUUCGAUUAUUGAUUAUUUAUGUGAUUACGCAAAUGUUGUUUGAUUAAGGUCCAUGUAAUUCUAAUACCUGCAAAGCACCAAGGACAAGAUGUAUGAAAGACGAACAAGAUUCUAAAAGAUACCAAUGUUUUUGUCCUAAUAAUAAAAUUGGUGAUGACUGCCAGUACCUAG